AUGCGCACCUCACGCAUCGCCACCGUCCUUCUGGCGUUGGCGCCCACUGCCAUCCUCGGCAACCCCGUGCCCAUCCUCAAGGCAGGCGUCAUCACCAAUGACCACAGUCUCGCUGGUUCCGAGAAGAACACCAACCAUGGCCUCUGCAACCGAGACGACCACGACUGCCCGACCAAAACCGUCGAUCCCGGCGACUUGUGCAUCAACGCCCAUGCCACCAUGAUCUGCACCCCCGGCGGAGAGGGUAAUCCCAACUUCAACCAGAACACCAAGCGCUCCGAGUCUGCCGACUCCAUCAAUCUCGAGGCCACCUACACGUGCACCGGCGGCCCCGACAACGAGACCUGCAUAUUCGACGAUGGUCGCCAGGUUUCUUGCACCAGCAACCAGAAGACUGCUGCCCUCCAGACCAACACCAGAGACGGCGGUGAUCCCGAUUUCACCUGCGACACCGACGUGACUGGAGACUACGUCUGCACUGGUGCUGAUGUCCGCUGCAUCAUUGGGAAGCAGGGUGAUGCUACUUGCAGCUUUAACGGCCCUGAUGGUUCCGACGGUGAUGCCAGCAAGUUCAAGGUCAACACCGACCGUCUCGCGCUGGUUCUUUCCCCGGUUGCGCCCAAGCCCAAAGACGACUCUGACCCCUUCGACGCUAACCCUAACUACUCUUGCGCCCAAAUUUCGGAUUGGACUUGGUCUUGCGGUCCGAACGGGGUCGGUCCCGGUUCUGGCAACGAAAAGGGCAAGAGUCUCGACAUUCGUGGCUCGGAUGAUGAGCAUUAUGAUCCUGGUCAGGGAUGUAACCAGCCGCAAGGCUUUUUCGGUGGCUGUAACGGUAAACGUGCCUCUAACGAGAAGCGCGAGGUU